UCAUAGAUAUACCUUGAAAAGUUGAGAGUGAUAGAGAGGAGAGAUGAAGGUAGCUGAAGUGCUUCGCAUGAAUGGAGGAAUUGGAGACACCAGUUAUGCCAACAACUCCCUUCUUCAGCAAAAGGUGAUACUUAUGACGAAGCCAAUAACCGACAGAGCCAUAACAAGCCUCUAUACCAGCCUCAACAAUCCUAAGACCAUUUCCAUUGCAGACUUGGGCUGUUCCUCUGGCCCCAACACCUUUCUCGCCGUCUCCGACCUCGUCAAAGCCGUUGACAACCACCGGAAGAAGCUCCAGCGGCGACACUCUCCGGAGUUUCAGAUUUACUUAAAUGACCUUCCCACCAACGACUUCAACACCAUUUUCAAGUCGUUGCCAAAACAUGAAGAGGAUUUUAGGAGGGAGAUAGGAGAGGGGUGUGGGCUGCGCUUCUUUAAUGGAGUUCCCGGUUCAUUUUAUGGCAGGCUUUUCCCCUCCGAUACCCUCCAUUUUGUUCAUUCUUCUUCUAGUCUCCAUUGGCUAUCUCAAGUACCUAAAGGAGUAGAAGAGAACAGGGGCAACAUUUGCAUGGCAACUGCUAGUCCACCAUCUGUGAUAAAGGCAUACUAUGAUCAAUUUGAACAAGAUUUUUCUACUUUUCUCAAGUGUCGCUCUAAAGAAUUAGUGAAAGGUGGAAGAAUGGUUUUGACCAUGUUGAGUAGACAAAGUGAACACCCUACCUGCCAUAUUUGGGAACUCCUAGGUUUAGCCCUCAAUGAUAUAGUUGCAGAGGGUUUUGUGGAAGAAGAUAAACUAAAUUCUUUUAAUAUUCCUCUAUACACACCAUCUUUAGGGGAAGCAAAAUUCUUAAUUGAGAAGGAUGGUUCCUUCACUAUUGAGUGCUUGGAGGCUUUUCAAAUUCAUUGGACUGAAUAUAAUAAUGGAAGUGAUUAUGAUGGGUACAACGUGAUUGCUAGGUGCAUGAGAGCUGCUGCGGAGCCUAUGCUUGUUAGCCACUUUGGUGAAGGAAUAAUUGAUGAGGUGUUCCGCAGAUACGAAAAGAUGAUUGCUGAUUCCAUGUCGACUCGCCCGGACUACUCUCAACACAUUACUGUUACUAUUUCGGUUAUUAAAAUGUAAUUUAAUUCUAAAUGUAUCACAAAUUUGCACUUAAU